GGAGCAGCAGGGUACACCAGGUACUGGGACUCAAGAGGGAUUGUGGACAGUGGUUACCGGCACGUACCCUGCGUGUAUCGCUUCCCCGCUCACUCACACCGAGGGAAGAAAUGCUCUUUGCUUUGGGUUUGACAUAGACAUCACCUCUGGUGAGCCAACACAAGAACAAGAUGGCCCCAAAUUCCAUCCACUGGUUCCGGAAAGGCCUCCGUCUCCAUGAUAAUCCAGCACUGCGGGAUGCGGUCCAGGGGGCGGGCACGGUGCGCUGCGUUUACUUCCUGGACCCGUGGUUUGCAGGAUCUUCCAAUGUCGGGGUCAACAGGUGGAGGUUUCUCCUCCAGUGUUUAGAGGAUCUAGAUGCAAACCUCCGGAAGCUCAACUCUCGCCUUUUUGUCAUCAGGGGCCAACCAGCCAAUGUUUUCCCGCGGCUCUUUAAGGAGUGGAAGAUUUCCCGGCUGACCUUCGAGUACGAUUCGGAGCCGUUCGGGAAGGAGCGAGACGCUGCCAUCAAGAAGCUGGCCAUGGAGGCAGGAGUGGAGGUCAUCGUCAAGAUCUCUCACACCCUCUACGACCUGGACAAGAUCAUUGAGCUAAAUGGUGGACAGCCUCCGCUCACCUACAAGCGUUUCCAGACCCUCAUCAGUCGCUUGGACCCACCUGAGAUGCCUGUGGAGACGUUAUCAGACACAUUCAUGGGCCGCUGUGUCACGCCCAUCUCUGAGGACCACGGGGAAAAGUAUGGGGUCCCGUCCCUGGAGGAGCUGGGCUUUGACACAGAAGGCCUGCCGUCAGCCGUGUGGCCUGGAGGAGAGACUGAAGCUCUGACCAGGAUAGAGCGCCAUCUGGAGAGAAAGGCUUGGGUGGCCAACUUUGAGCGUCCCAGGAUGAAUGCCAACUCGCUGCUGGCCAGUCCAACAGGCCUCAGCCCUUACCUUCGCUUCGGCUGCCUCUCCUGUCGCCUCUUCUACUUCAAACUCACUGACCUCUACCGCAAGGUGAAGAAGAACAGCUCUCCUCCGCUCUCCCUCUAUGGCCAGUUACUGUGGCGGGAGUUUUUCUACACAGCAGCGACCAACAACCCGCGCUUCGACAAGAUGGAAGGAAAUCCCAUCUGCGUCCGCAUCCCUUGGGACAAAAAUCCCGAAGCUCUCGCCAAGUGGGCCGAAGCUAAGACAGGCUUUCCCUGGAUAGACGCCAUCAUGACUCAGCUGAGGCAGGAGGGCUGGAUCCAUCACCUCGCCAGGCAUGCUGUGGCCUGCUUCCUCACCAGAGGUGACCUGUGGAUCAGCUGGGAGGAAGGGAUGAAGGUUUUCGAGGAGCUGCUGCUGGACGCAGACUGGAGUGUGAACGCAGGCAGCUGGAUGUGGUUGUCCUGCAGUUCGUUUUUUCAGCAGUUUUUCCAUUGCUACUGCCCCGUGGGCUUCGGCCGGCGCACCGACCCCAACGGGGACUUCAUCAGACGAUACUUACCUGUCCUCCGAGGUUUUCCUGCUAAGUACAUCUACGACCCCUGGAACGCCCCAGAGUCCGUGCAGGCGGCAGCCAAGUGUAUAAUAGGCAUCCAUUACCCAAAGCCCAUGGUGCACCACGCGGAGGCAAGCCGGCUCAACAUCGAGAGGAUGAAGCAGAUCUACCAGCAGCUGAGCCGAUACAGAGGACUAGGCCUGUUAGCAUCAGUCCCAUCCACCAAUGGAAAUGGGAAUGGAGGAAUCAUGGCCUACUCUCCUGGAGAGCAACAGCCAGGGACCAAUAACAACAACAACUCACACUUGCCUGGAGUGUCGGGAAGCUCGGUUGCCACGAGUAACAACAGUGGAAGCAUCCUGCUCAACUUUGUUGAGGAACAGACCAGGCCGAGCAAUGUCCGACAACAGCAGCGACUUCCAGCCGUGCCGCAGAACCAACCCCAGCAGCAGCAUGGAUACCACUCAGUGCCAGAUGCCAGCAAGACCAUCACCAGCAGCCGACUCUACCACGAGUUUGCUGUGCCUCAACACCCAGGACAUUCAGGACUCCUGCUCACCAGGGGCAACAUCACAGGAAAGCGGGAACGUGAGUCGGAACGUGGAGAGUCGGGGGAAGAAGAUCCAGCAUCCUGUUCUGUGCAUAAAAUGCAGAGGCAGAGUGCAGAGACAAUCUAGAGCAGGUGGAGACAACAACCCCCUGAAUCCAUGUAAGGAUGUCGCCUUCCAGCCAGCAGACCAAGGGAAGCCUGACACCUGCGCUCCAGAUCACCUGCAGCUGCUCCAACACAGUGCAAUUAAAACCU